UGAAGGGAAAACACUCAAACCUCAACAAACAACGGUCACUCGACUAGCACUGCGAAACACUCACUCCGGCAGAGCCCACGGGGACCUCACCACAGACACCCUAACGCUCACGCUUCCUGAGCCACCGCCGUUGGUCAUUCCUCACUGCUUCACUGGUGUUCGAAUUCGCCGCGCGUUCAUCGUCCUUGGAACUCGCAUCUUUUCAUAGCGUCGCAGCGUAGACUCAUUAUCCUCAUCUCCUCGCAAAUCCGGCGAGGUUGUCGUGGCCGGGGACUUUAUCGGAAGUGGGAAAAUGGCGGGCAGUGGAAAGGUUUCCUUCAAAGUCACACUGACCUUCGAUCCAAAGCUACUCUUCAAAGUGUUUAGCGUUCCUGAGGCUGCACCAUUUACUACACUUCUCAAAUUUGCCGCGGAAGAAUUCAAAGUCCCGCCCCAGACCAGCGCUGUCAUCACCAACGCUUUACGCUGUUGUGGGCGGCUUCAAGCUAUCAAACAUGCUAAAUCACUUCAUUCCCACGUAAUAAAACUUGGCCUUUUCAAUCACGUUUUUCUCCUCAACAACAUGAUCUCUGUCUACGCAAAAUGCUCCCAUUUUGACGAUGCACGAACCCUUUUCGACGAUAUGCCUCACAGGAACGUAAUUUCUUACACAACAAUGGUCUCUGCACUCACCAAUUCCGGGAGACCCCAAGAUGCUCUCACACUCUAUAACCACAUGCUGGAAUCUAAAACAGUGCAACCCAAUCAGUUCUUGUACUCAGCGGUUCUCAAGGCAUGUGGAGUCGCCGGUGAUGUUGAAUCGGGCAAGUUGGUUCAUGGACGUGUAUAUCAGGCUAAGUUAGAGUAUGACACUGUUCUGAUGAAUGCCCUCUUGGACAUGUACGUCAAAUGUAGAAGCUUGGGUGAUGCAAAACGAGUUUUCUACGACAUGCCGUGUAAAAAUUCUACUUCGUGGAAUACCCUCAUUCUCGGGCAUGCCAAGCAGGGCUUUGUGAAGGAUGCGUUGGAUCUGUUUGAUCAAAUGCCAGAACCAGACAUUGUGUCUUGGAACAGCAUCAUUGCUGGUCUUGCAGAUACUUCUAGCUUUCAUGCAUUACAAUUCGUUUCUAUGAUGCACCUGAAGGGCCUUAAACUUGAUGCAUUCACAUUUCCAUGUGCCCUCAAAGCUUGUAGUCUGCUUGGCAAGUUAACUGUUGGGAGACAGAUUCAUUGUUGUAUUAUCAAGUCAGGGUUUGAGAGUAGCUAUUACUGUACAUCAGCAUUGAUUGAUAUGUAUUCGAAUUGCAAGCUAUUGGAUGACGCAAUGAAUAUAUUUCAUAAGAACUCUCCUCUUGCUGAAAGCUUGGCAGUGUGGAAUUCCAUGCUUUCAGGUUUUGUUGCCAAUGGAGAUUGGUGGAAGGCUCUCAGUAUGAUUGCUCAUAUGCAUCAUUCUGGUGCACAGUUUGAUCCCUAUACCUUUAGUGUUGCUUUAAAGGUCUGCAUCCAGUUUGAAAACUUGAGGUUGACAUCUCAAGUGCAUGGAUUGGUCAUCACUGCUGGCUAUGAGUUAGACUAUGUUAUUGGAAGCAUUUUUAUUGAUCUAUAUGUAAAACAAGGCAAUAUUAACAAUGCAUUAAGAUUCUUUGAAAGGUUGCCAGAUAAAGAUGUUGUGGCUUGGUCUAGUUUGAUUGUUGGUUGUGCUAGAUUUGGUCUAGAUACACUGGCUCUUUCCUUCUUCAUGGAUAUGGUUCAUUUGGAUCUUGAGAUUGAUCAUUUUGUCCUUUCAAUUGUUCUAAAAGUUUCUUCAAGUUUGGCAUCGCUUCCAAGUGGCAGGCAAAUUCAUUCUGUUUGUCUUAAGAAGGGAUAUGAAUCAGAGCGAGUUAUUACAACUGCUCUUACUGAUAUGUAUGCAAAAUGUGGUGAGAUUGAGGAUGCCUUAACUUUAUUUAAUUGUCUUUCCAAUGUAGAUAUCUUGAGUUGGACUGGGAUUAUUGUGGGAUGUGCACAAAAUGGAAGAGCAGACAAGGCAAUUAGUCUUCUGCAUAAGAUGAUUGAAUCAGGUACAAAGCCAAACGAAAUCACCAUUAUAGGUGUUCUUUCUGCAUGUAGACAUGCAGGCCUAGUAGAAGAGGCAUGGACUAUAUUUAAGUCUAUUGAAACAAAGCAUGGAUUGACACCAUGCCCUGAACAUUACAAUUGUAUGGUUGAUAUAUUUGCUCAAGCUGGACGGUUUAAAGAAGCAAGAAACUUGAUUAAUGACAUGCCGUUUAAGCCUGACAAAACCAUAUGGUGUUCCUUGCUUGGUGCCUGUGCAACUUACAAGAAUCGAUAUCUUGCAAAUAUUGUUGCUGAGCAUCUUCUUGCUACCUCACCUGUAGAUGCUUCUGUGUAUAUAAUGCUAUCAAAUGUUUAUGCAUCACUUGGAAUGUGGGAUAAUUUAAGCAGAGUACGAGAAGCUGUAAAAAAAGUAGGUAUAAAAGGAGUUGGAAAAAGCUGGAUCGAGAUCUUGAGUUGAGAAAACCGGUUAUGUGAAUGACUUGGUUCAACUAAUCAUUCGUAAUAUAUUUCCAGACAACUCAAUGAUUGUUCUAACUUAAAAAGAAUGUUAUGGGACUGGAGUUUGUACGGUGAAAGACAGUCUUUACGGUUUGUUGACUUCAAUUAGAAGGUAAAAGCACGGAAGUGUCAUUUUAAAGGACAUUUGGAUGGAAGAUACUAGAAAUACUACAACGAAGAAUACAAAUUAAGUAUAACGUGCGCAGCAGUUCAAUCCGAUAAGCCUUUGCAUACUUGCUAUUGCCAUGAGGUUUCACACAUUCAAUGUUUGCCUUUCCCAACAAAGGUACAAACUAAAAAGGUUGUCUCUCCGAACAGUAAGUUGAAGAUAUAUUUGGCUGGGAGUUGACUUAUCUUGAAUGAAUCGUUCUGUAAUUUGGAAAUGCCACGGGGGACUAACAUCAUCACUUUCUCAUUUUCUUUUUUUUUGUCUUUUCUCAUUCUGUCCUAUUGCCCGAGUGAGGACAGAUUGAGACACCUCUAAGCAGCAGCAGUAAUAUGUUGGAGGUGGACAAGAACCUCUCAAGCUACGUCUUUCACUUUAUGGAUUAUAUGAUCAGAGGGAGAGCGAAUUCUAACUACCUGGUCCGAGGGAAACAAAAAUAAAAUGCUGCUCAAUGUUUGAUGUCUUGAACAUCAUUCAUGUUUCAUGUUAUGUAUUAGGCUUGGCUCUAAUUGGAACUGUGUCAUGGAUCAAUUUUGUUUUUCCAAGCCUCCGAGAUGAGUUGACUUGAUAUGAGUUGCAAGUUUGAACAGAAGUUGGGGCACCUAAAUUUGGAGGGCAGUGUUCUUGGGAAUCCAGUCAACAACUGCAAUGCAGUCCAAAUCAUAUGAACUUGACCCAUCAUUACUAGUAGCUAACACUAGGGACAUGGGUAGGUCCCAUUAGAAGAAGAGAAGAUUAAAUGGUGAACCCCACCUCCUCAUCAUCACUCACUGUAAGCUUCCUGCAUACGGCCGAGUCAUUGCAUGCUAGUGGCAGUGACAUUGUGACAUUCUUACAUGGAUUUUAAUUUUUGAAGUCUUCUAAGGAAUU